AAGACUGCCCGGCCCACCUUGCCGGCCCUUGUCACACAGAACUUACCAAGGCAUCGUGAGACCUUAAGGAUUGAGGGAAUAGUGUGUCAGGGUGAACCACCAAGAGACCAGCUUUACAAACCAGGAAGACUCUUUGGGUACAGCUGAACCGUACGUCCGAGUGGCACCACCACAGGAUGUACCUAUUACAGCUGGGCAGCACUACACGAGAUAGGUACUCUAGUACCACCACUGGCCAAUAGGCACGGUAAGGCAUGACGUCCACCAAACCUAAAAUGUCACACAGAUGCCAAAGGAAGAAAUGCCCUGUGAGUGCUGCUGAGCCAUAGAAGGGAAGCAUGGCUACACCUGUGCCUCAAAAAGAUGAUGUUGAGCACUGGACUGUUGAGGAGAUGGCUGCUUGGCUGCAGCAGGUGGAGUUGUCUGAAUGUUGUGAUAUCUUCUUAAGGAAAGGAAUAGAUGGACAUCAGUUUUUGCAAUUAACUGAGGAAGAUCUGUUCCUCUGGGGUAGAGAUGUAUCCAUAAGGAAUCGUAAACAUAUCUUGAAGCUAGUCAGUCAGAUCAAGAAUCUACAACAACAUUCUUCAACCAUCAGACCCACCAUAAAUGACCACCACAGUUAUGCAACCAACGAUGAUGAGAGCGACUUCAGUGAUUUCAGUAACCAAGGAGAGGAGGAGGAAGAGGAAGUGGAGGAGGAGGAGGAGGAGGUGGAGAAAGAGGAGCAGGGAGAGGAGGGAUACCCAGUGGCAGAGAGACAGCCAGUUCAGGAUGCUGAUAUAUCAGAUUGUCAUGUUCCAGUCAGGGCACCUUUCCCAACCCCAAGAAAUCAAUCAAAAGAAAGAGAUAAAACAUUAAGUGAUCUAGAAGCUAUGUAUUUGGAGCCAAUUGAAGUGAAGCCUCCACCCAACGUUCUAGGUCUACGAGACAAAGGAUUUCAAAGGUUUCAGCAGUCGCCACCACCACCACCAACCUUUCCCUUUGCCACCAAGGGGCCUGGUAUGACCAGGAACCUAAGUUCUGGACGUAUACCUCCUCUUGGUGAUGGAAUCCCAGCACCAUCCUCCCUGAAAAAGAUAUCUGGAGAUUCUCAGGCUCAUCCACAAAGACCCAAGGUAGUCAACCAACCAUCCUUCCUGGCGAGCAACAAUAGCCUAACUGGUGCUUCAGAAAAUGGAAGAGGUGGUGCCAUGGGUAGCUCAUUCCUUCACCGGCUCCAUCAGGAAAAUAAACCUGCCCCUCUUCCCCCCAAGCCUAAGGAACCACCCUGGGUAGUGCCUUCCUCACAGGAAAAGAAUGAACAUGUGUAUGAAUAUGUGGGCAACCCUUCAGCAUCAUGUGGAGGUCCUGAAACUCCUGGCUCAGCUGUAACAGAUCGGCAGUCUUCAGUCAGACCACCUUUACCACCUUUAAGGAACCAGAACCAAGACCUUGAUGACCUUGAGUUGAGCAGCCGGCUCGGGGUUGCUACACUCUCUCACAAGAAAAAACCACCAGUCUCUCUAAAGCUUUCAGGAGGGUCCGAUUCUGGUUCAGCAUCAGGUUCACCAAAGCAUAUUUCUUGCAACAGACCAACCACAGGAAACCAUCCCUUGCUGGCUAAUUGUUCUUCAUUCAGUUGCAAGACAUCCCCCUCAGAAAACCCACCAAAUGAGUUUGCACCUCCUCUGCCAUAUGUCAGUUUGGAUGAUGGAAAACGACUUAAACUUAUUCCACUGUACCAGAAGCUCAUGGAGAAGCCCUACUUCCACCUAAUCUCAAGACCCAAAGCUAAAAAUUUAAUAAUGUCUGGAGAAGAUGGAAUGUUCCUUAUUCGACCAUCAACCAAAAGUGGGGAUCCACUCACUCUCGUCCUCAAUCUUGAAAAGCAUCUUUACAAUAUCAACAUCAGACAGCGACCUGAUUCUCUUUUUGCUUUAGGCAAAGAGAAGGCACAAGAAAAGGCAUUCUCUUCACUUGAUGAAUUAGUCAUUACCUAUACUACAGAACCCAUCAAGCUAGAAAAUGGCAAGAUGGCAUUCCUCAAACACUCACCUUCAAAGACAAGUAAUUCAUAUGUUAAGCAUUAUCCACCUGCUUUGGCAAAAAAAUACUGAAAUAUCAGUGAAAUCUCAAAGAAACCACCUAUUUUUAGCAUUUGUUAUUGAUGUUAGUAUUAUUAUUGUUGUCAGAAAUAUGCAAGUUACAAAGUUACAAUAAUUUUAUCAAAGUCUAACAAUAGUUUAAUCAAGUUGAUUAUUGAAAGUAUAUUGCAUAAUUCAGGUUGAUUCUCGUCAGGGUUGGAAAAAUCAAUUUUAAAAAGAUAUAAAACAUUUAUUUAUUUUAUUUAAAUAUAUUUUAUUCAUUUAAACUAUUCCUUUGCAUUAAUACUUGUUUGUUUGCUUCAGUCUGCUUGUGUAUCAGUCUUUGUUUGUCUUGUGUUUGUUUCAGUCUUAUGAGGCUAUUUUCUUGUAUUAAACUUAGCCAAUGUUAAAUGAAAUCAUAGUUUAACAUACAUUACACAACAUGAAUUUUUCACAUAAAAAUCAGAAGUAGAACUAAGUUUAAUCAGAUCUGUUAUAUUAAAUAAACUAACUUUGCAUUAAAAAAAGCAGCUCAUUAAACUUCAUAAUUACAUUUAUUGUUAUUAUCAACAAAAAAGACCUUACUUUCUUUUUGUAUGCAUUUAAAUAUUUUCUUGUAAGAGAUGGCAAUAAUCCAAUGCUGGAGGACAAGUAGACUUGAUACUUUUCUUGUACAACUGCUUCCCAUCUUCCUUAUAUAUAUAUAUAUAUAUAUAUAUAUAUAUAUAUAUAUAUAUAUAUAUAUAUAUAUAUAUAUAUAUAUAUAUAUAUAUAUAUAUAUAUAUUACAGUAAACCCUCAUUAUGCCUGACCCCCCACUAUAGCAGAUUUCUGCAUUUAACAGACAUGUAUGGCCUACAUACCAUCCAUCAGAUUUAUUGGAUAAAUGUCAGUAAAUGAGGCAGAAUGUCCGGCCAGUGGCCAGAAUAUUAAUUAAGUGCUUACAACAUGCAUUCCACAGUAUUUUAUAUCAGGUACAUGUUUGUCACAAAUAUUUUAUUACACUGGCAUGUUGACACGUUUGGAGCUCCCUUCUAAUGGAGCUCAUCCUGGUAAGAAAUCCUGGCAAGCAGUGGUGACAGUGAGGGAGUAAUAGAGGUGGUGGUUGUGAGUGCACACCACACUGACCAGGGUUGUGCUGUCUGCCAUAAUUAUAUUUGUCAUAAUUUGGUGUUUGUCUGCAAUAUGCCAUACAUUGUCUACCACACACUAUACCAUAAUGUAAAUAAUUUGGGCUGGCCAGCAGUGCAACCCUGGCAGCUGGUGCCCACAUACUGCUUCUGCCUCAGUCUCACACCAGCAUGUAUUAUUAGAAAUUGUGAUUCUCCAGACCCACUCACUGCCACUUUUAUCAGAUUUUCGCCUUUAAUGUCAGUGGCUUCGCCCCUAUUAGUCCAGUAUAAUGAGGGUUAUAUAUAUAUAUAUAUAUAUAUAUAUAUAUAUAUAUAUAUAUAUAUAUAUAUAUAUAUAUAUAUAUAUAUAUAUAUAUAUAUAGUUAGUCAUUAGAUAUUUUACUUCCAAUAUAACACUUAAAUUAUUUUUAAUUCAGUAUAUAUAAUUUUUAUUUAAAUCAUUAUUUCUUACUCAGUAUAAUACUUAAAUCAUUUAUAAUACAGUAUAUUUCAUUUUUUAUUUAAAUCAUGAUUUUUUUUACUUUUGAUAUAUCAUGGUACCUUGGUAUGCAUCCUUAAUCCAUUCCAGCUCCUUGGACUUAUACCAAGCACAUUUUUCCCAUAAGAAAUAAAGGGGAAAUAAUUAAUCCAUUCCCAUGAAAGAAAAAAUCCUAUUGUUAUUGACAUGUUAUACAGUACAUUGAUGAAGUUGUAUAAAAUAAUUUAAACACUGUUUAAUACUAAAAUACAUACAGUAUUUGAUGGCAUAUAAGAUGCAUGGGCAUAUAAGACACCCCAUUUCAGCAGAACAUAUUCAAGAAAAAAAUUAUGUAUUUAAGCAUGUAAUGUUUAAAGUACAGCUGAACAAAAAGAAAGCAAUCACAAUGGUAAAAAUAUCCUACAGGAUUGCAGUGAUAAAAUGGCAUGGAGGCAAGACGAAGAAGACAGCCCAGCUGCUGAGAUGUCAGCAACAUACUUAGUACGUCACUGAACAGGGCCGUGUUUUCAUUUUCAAUAUUUCAUUACAUCAUAUUGUGGUUGAAAAAUAUGAUAUAGCACCCUUCCCUAUAAUACAGUGGUAUAAAUCUUCAGGUGGACAGGUGAAGGAAACUUAAAAAUUAAAUCUGCAAGAGGCCUCACAUUCACAUAUAAGACACAGGGUGAUUUUUUGAGCUAUUUUUUUUUUUUAAAGGUGUCUUAAAUGCCGUCAGAUAUGGUAAAUACAAAACCUAUUAGAUGAAAUAAGUUAAAAUUUAACCUCACUUUAUCUUGUUGAGAAGAGUCAAAUUCCUACGAGAAUAGUGCUGAGAAGGGAGAUGUUAUGUAUGGAAGAAGAGUUCUCCCAACCUGGCAAGAAUGCUCAUGGGCAGUCUUAACUUUGUCUCAAGAGAGGGAAACAAGUGCAGCGCAUGGUGCCGUGACUCAUUUUGACCCACACAAGUUCUAGCAUGUGAGUCGUAUUCCAAACACAGGUCAUAUAACGAGCAAAUUUUUUUGCAUCCAAACAGGAUGUAUACCAAGUUGGACUUAUUCCAAAGCGGACGUAUACUGAGGUACCACUGUAACACUUAAACAAUUUUUAAUACAUUAUAUUCAAUUUUGAUUUAAAUCAUGAUUUUUUUUACUGUGAUUUAAAUCAAUUUAAAUCAGUCCAACCCUGAUUCAUGUUGACUUUUGAAAAUAUUAAACUUAUAAAAAGCUACUGUCCAAUGUUUUCUAGAAAGUUGUUUGAUGCAAGCUUAUGACUAUGUAAAUGUUGUAAUCGCAGACUAUUAUUAGUUAUUGAUAUUAUAGAAAUGCACUCUAACUAAUUAGAGCCUUAAUUAAUCACUGGUAACUUUUAAGAAAAAUCACAAAUGUACAACACCAGUCAUAUAAGCAAAGUGCACCUAUAAUAAUGUAUUGGCUGUAUGAUACACAAUGCAAAGCACUCAUGACCACAAAGAGUGAACCAAAUGUUCUUGUACUGGUAAAGUGCCUAACAGGCAAGAAGCUUGUUAUUUUUUUUUUCUUUGCAAGCACUGCUUACCCCUUAUGUCACUCAUUUGAAGAUAUGUAUACUCAUAUUUUAAGAUCAUGGAACUUUAAACUCUAAAGGGCUGGAGGCAGCUAUAGCCACUUCACCAGGCAAGGACCAGAGGUGGCUAUAACUGCUUUAUCAGGCAAGGACCAGAUGUGGUUAUAACUGCUUUGUGACUUUUACACUAUACUUGCUACUUUUUGUCAGUUUUUAUAUUUUAGUCUUUGGUAAUACUACCUGUGAGCUGGUUAGGCUAGUCUCUCAGUCUCUGCUCUGCUCUCAUCAUGGGUAAAUGUAAUAAUAGUGAUUCUGACGAAUCCCAUUCCCUGCCCACUCCCUCCUGCCCUCGAAUGUCAGUGUCACACAUAUUACCCACUCGCACCCGACCAUUUGCUACAUGUUUUAGUGAGAGUGCAGAAGGCCAGGAACUCGAUAAAACUCUUUAGCAUGCACCCAUUUUCAUUAGGUGUUAGCCAUAUCCAACCAGGCAAAAUGGAUGCAUGGCAUCAACUUGCAUAAACUAAUCACAAUCAUAAAGUUUAUAUAAAAGGGCAGACAAUUCUCAUUCUUAUCCCAGUAACUGUUCAUAAUACAGUCCUUGGGAAGGAAAUGUAUUCUUCCCUCCAUCCAGUUUAUAACAAAGACAACCCAUUCUAUAAUUUGACAUUAGUGUUCCAUUGUUUUAAUUAUAUACUUGGAGUUGUAGCAACAUAAGUAUUGUCUCACCUUGUCAGUUAAGGUAAUAUGACUUUAAUAAUUGAAAUCACCCUGAUGUCCGGUGUUUGUACCUCUUGUCAAAUGCAGUUCUCUCAAAUGCAGUUCUCUCCUUAACCAUAGUCAAGAGAAGGAACUGCUGUGUACUACAAAAGCAUGGCCAAAAUUGUUUGAGUAUUUGUGAAAGAGAUAAGCAUGUCUCCUGCUGCAAGAGAUGGGUUUGAAUUUCAAUACUUCACAUUGGUGCAUAUUAUCAGUUUUAAAUUCUUUAAUUCUUAGCCUCCCAGUGCAAGUUUUGUAUUUUUAACCAGACAGGACAGUAAACUAUGGGUGGCUGGUCCAUUCUCCUCACCAUGAUCUUUUCCUGCUCUUCUGCCUUAAUACUAAGUUUUUUUAGGCUUUAUGUCCAUCUCUUCUCAGAAACUAGAUCAUACAACCAAACUAAACACAAAAUUGUGUGAAUUCAUGCAGAUGAACAGAGUGAAGUCAUAAGGCAUUGCCUCAAUUCUCUUUUAAUACUGUCUUCAUCUUUCAUUUACUACCAGUGCCAUCUUCUUCCAUUAAAUCCAAGGCUGUUUGCUCUCCUGAACUUGUGAACUCUGAAACUAUAGCAGGUUUUCUUCUCUCCUUAUCACUUGAGCCAUUUAAUAGGAGUAUCAAAACCUCCAAAAUUAAGUUGGGUCAACAAUUUCACUAAUCAACUACUAUCAGGAAGUGGCAAAUUUAGCAAGCAUUUUAUGCUUAUUUUUACUGCCCUUGGCCUGCCUCCCUGAUGUAUAAAAAGAUAAACAGCAGCCUACUCUUUACACGUGAAAACUGAGAUAAAACUGGGAUUCUUUUAUUGAUAUAGGCUAUGGCACCACAACAUUGUGGUCAUGUGCAAUAAAACUGGGAGCAUCUAUACUUGUUUAGUAGUUUGUAUACAGCUGCUGCAUGUAAUACAAUGAAUCAAUUGUCUCCAGUGAUGCAAUGAAGAGUACGCGACUUCAUGGGGAUUUUCCACUGCAAUCACAGUUUAAAAGUUUGGUUAGAAAAGCCUACAGGUGCAUCCAGACCAUCAAACACUGUCCAUCAGACAAGCACUGUUACCAUAUGAGUAGCCCUGUGGGAGAGUGAUUCAAGCACCAUUUUUUAAAAAGUCACAUAUCGCUCCCAAAGUUUACUGUUACAAAGUAUCAAAUAUCUUGAGAACUAACCAUACAAUUUUAGAGAAAUACAUGCCAAAGUAAUCCUUGAAGCCUUAGCUUUGAUUAGAAUCAAUUAUCAUUUAGUUAUUAGUAAUCAAAUCAAACCAUGCACUUGUGAAGUUCAAGUAAUGUGAUUUUCUAGUGUUAACUAAGAUUAUAGAGAUGACUCUGCCACUACUAUGAAGUAAUUUUACAGGUGUACUUACUGCACUGGUGUGAAUGUUGCUUGUUGAAUGUUUCCACUCCCAACCCCCAAACCCCAGGAUUAGUUGCAGUAAUCGAGCAACAUAUCACCCUCCUCGUCAGAAGAGCUGAUGUCAUGCUCGACUCCGCCAGCCUGGAUGCCCUCAUAAAAGGCCUUCUUGUCAUCUGGCUUGAGGGAUAACAAGCUCCUCAGGUCAUUGAGCUUCUCAUCUGAGAGUUGGAGGGAGGGCUCUGUAAGGGGGUAGGAGAGGGAUGACACUCAGGUCGAUGCCUUUUCUCCCUUGAUUUUUCUUUAACUUUCACUAUCAUUUUCCUUGUACAUACAUACAACAAUUAUAGCUUGCGGGCUAUCAAAAUCAAGCAUCAAGCAUAGCCAUCGUGAUAAUUCACGGCAACACACCUCAUGGGAGAAUUUAAACUGUAAGCAUAGCCUGGGAGAUCCCAAAGCAUGCUCAUUGGCUGCACACUGUACAUCACAGACUCAUGCUCCACACUGUUGGCUGACUGCCCAUGAUGUCACAAAUACAUCAUCCCCGCCAACAUGCUCAUUGGCUGGUUGCUGUCUUGGCACAGCUGCUGGUGCUUGGAUCAUUCUCUCACAGAGUCAACUAAGGCUGCCUUAGGCAGCCUUAGUGCCUUAUGCCGAAAGUACAUUGCACUGUAUAGCAAUUUCAAACAUGUUAAUUCAGAGGAAGACGAAUCCAACUCCCAACAGGCAAUGCAGGAAGCUCAGGUCAGGUGGCUGAGCAUGAAAUCAGGGUCUGGGGACCUGUGGCACUUGGGUCACUCCCCCACAGAGCUACUCAUAUCAGAAGGCGAAGCAGGAUGAUGUCACAACCGUUAACUGAAAUGAGGGAAGUUAAUACAGCAACAGAGUGGUACCAGACGAAAUUGUAUACCAUAGCUUCUAAAUGAAUACCACUCAAACUGAGAAUAUUUUAAAAUUUAAUGUAAUUAUAUUAUGAGUGUGCUUUCAAUAAAAAUAUCCUUUUCUC